ACUUUCUCUCUCUCUCCCAGGACGCGUCGGAUGAUCCGGGGCCGCUGGGGAAGGGCUCCGGGCAGCAGCAGGGAGGCUGCGUCCUCCUCCCGUCUCCGGCUGUGGAAAAAAAAAAAAAAAAAAAAAAAAAAAAGCCGGUGGCCUCGGUGUUAUUUUGUAUUAAAAUGAGGAGGAGGAAGAAGAAGCAGCGGCAGCAGCGGCAGCGAGCGGUAGCGGAGAGGAGGAGAGGAGGCUGUGAGCAGGGGACGGCGGCGGCAGCAGCAGGAGGAGGAGGAGUAGUGAUGAGUCAACUAAUAAUUUAAUGGGGACAGAAACAGAGAGGGAGAGAGAGAGGAGGGGGGGGGGGAGCAGAGCAGAGCGAGGCAGCUCCGUCCGGGGACACACAUACACACACACAUAUCCAUGUAACAUCCAGCAACAACCACCAAACCGGCCUAAAUAACAACCAUACCCAGCCAGCCAGGAAAAACGAGAAUUAAAAAAAAAAAAAAAAAAAAAGACAAAAUACAAAACCUACCAUUAUUAUUCUUUUUCAAUUGUUACUGGGUUUUUUUGCUGGCUUGGUUUUUGUUGUUGUUGGCUUUUUGCAGCCUUUCUAUUUUAUAUUUUUACCCCUUCUUGCGAGUAACUCUUCUCGGAGUUCCCAGAUUUUCUUUUUUUUUUUUUUUUUUCUUUGCAGAAGCAGAACCAGUUUUUUUUGUUGUUGGUUUUCUUUUUUUCCUUUUUUUUUCUUUUUUUUUUUCCCUAAUAGGAUCGGGGUUUUUUUUAAUUAUAAUUUCUCCCGGUGUUGGACUCGGAGGGAGUGAAACCUCGUCACUUUUUUGUAGUGGUGGUGGUGGUGUGCCUUGUUGUGUGUUUCCUUCCUCCCCUCUGUUCUUUUUCUCUCUCCCCUCCUCUCUCGCUCCCUCUCUCCCCCCGUCACUCGCACACAGCCCCCGGUAAAUGAGAGGAGACAGGUCCUCUCUGCCUUUUUUUUUUUCUUUUUUCUUUUUUUUUUUUUUUUUUUUCCUUUCCCGGACCGCAGAGGCGAGAUUAAAAGUGGCAUUUUAGUGCCUUUUCCUGCAAUUUUCUCUCCACUUUUUUUUUUCUCUUUUUAUCUCCAGUAGCGAUCUCUGGGGCUGAGGUUUCCGCAGAAAGUUUGGGGGCUGUUACGGUGUAUAUUUUUGCGGAGGGGGAGGGGAGCGGGCUCCUUCUGUGUGUGCUGCUCCUCUGGGUGCCUAUUGGAGAAUAAUAGUGUGAUCUUUAGAGGCGGGACUGAGUAUGGAUCAUUUGAACGAGGCAACUCAGGGGAAAGAACAUUCAGAAAUGUCUAACAAUGUAAGCGAUCCGAAGGGUCCACCAGCCAAAAUUGCGCGCUUGGAACAGAAUGGGAGCCCAUUAGGAAGAGGAAGACUUGGAAGUACAGGAACUAAAAUGCAAGGAGUGCCUUUAAAACACUCUGGACACCUGAUGAAAACUAAUAUUAGAAAAGGAAGUAUGCUUCCAGUUUUCUGUGUAGUGGAACAUUAUGAAAAUGCCAUUGAGUAUGAUUCUAAGGAGGAGCAUGCAGAAUUUGUGUUGGUGAGGAAGGAUAUGCUUUUCAACCAGCUGAUUGAAAUGGCAUUGCUAUCUCUUGGAUAUUCUCACAGCUCUGCUGCCCAAGCAAAAGGGCUUAUCCAGGUUGGGAAGUGGAAUCCAGUUCCACUCUCCUAUGUGACAGAUGCCCCUGAUGCUACAGUAGCAGACAUGCUGCAAGACGUGUAUCAUGUGGUCACACUGAAAAUCCAGUUACACAGUUGCCCUAAACUAGAAGACUUGCCUCCUGAACAAUGGUCUCACACAACAGUAAGAAAUGCUCUGAAGGACUUACUGAAGGAUAUGAACCAGAGUUCAUUGGCCAAGGAAUGUCCCCUUUCGCAGAGUAUGAUUUCUUCCAUUGUGAACAGCACUUACUAUGCAAAUGUCUCAGCAGCAAAAUGUCAGGAAUUUGGAAGGUGGUAUAAACAUUUCAAGAAGGCAAAAGAUAUGAUGGUUGAGAUGGAUAGCCUUUCUGAACUAUCCCAGCAAGGUGCCAACCAUGUCAACUUCGGUCAGCAGCCAGUCCCAGGGAACACAGCCGAACAGCCUCCAUCUCCUGUUCAGCUUUCUCAUGGUAGUCAACCAUCAGUUCGGACCCCGCUUCCAAACCUGCACCCUGGACUUGUAUCUACUCCCAUUAGCCCUCAGCUGGUAAAUCAGCAGCUGGUAAUGGCCCAGUUGCUGAACCAGCAGUAUGCAGUGAACAGACUUCUAGCCCAGCAGUCCUUAAACCAACAGUACUUGAACCACCCUCCUCCUGUCAGUAGAUCCAUGAACAAGCCGUUGGAGCAGCAGGUCUCAACGAACACAGAGGUGUCUUCCGAAAUCUACCAGUGGGUCCGUGAUGAAUUGAAACGAGCAGGAAUCUCACAGGCAGUAUUUGCACGCGUGGCUUUUAACCGAACUCAGGGCUUGCUCUCAGAAAUCCUCCGAAAAGAAGAGGAUCCCAAGACUGCCUCUCAGUCCUUGCUGGUAAACCUUCGGGCUAUGCAGAACUUCUUGCAGCUGCCGGAAGCAGAACGAGAUCGAAUUUACCAGGACGAAAGGGAAAGGAGCUUGAAUGCAGCCUCUGCGAUGGGCCCGGCGCCUCUCAUAAGCACACCGCCCAGCCGGCCUCCACAAGUCAAAACUGCUACUAUUGCUACAGAGAGGAAUGGAAAACCAGAAAACAAUUCCAUGAACAUUAAUGCUUCCAUUUAUGAUGAGAUUCAGCAGGAAAUGAAGAGAGCUAAGGUGUCCCAAGCACUGUUUGCGAAGGUUGCAGCAACCAAAAGCCAGGGGUGGCUCUGUGAGUUGUUACGUUGGAAAGAAGAUCCAUCACCAGAAAACAGGACCCUCUGGGAGAAUCUCUCCAUGAUCCGAAGGUUCCUCAGUCUUCCUCAGCCUGAACGCGAUGCCAUUUAUGAACAAGAAAGCAAUGCAGUUCAUCACCAUGGUGACAGGCCUUCCCACAUUAUCCAUGUGCCAGCAGAACAGAUUCAGAGCCCCUCUCCCAUCACCCUUGGGAAAGGAGAGCAUAGAGGCGCUUUCCUACCAGGCCUGCUGACCGCUGGACCUUGGCUGGGUGCUGCUCCGCAGCAGCAGCAGCAGCAACAGCAACAACAACAGCAGCAACAGCAACAACAACCAGGUCCCAGACUACCCCCAAGGCAACCGACAGUAGCAUCACCAGCUGAAUCUGAGGAUGAAAAUCGUCAGAAACCCCGACCGCGAACAAAGAUUUCUGUUGAGGCCCUAGGGAUCCUACAGAGUUUCAUACAAGAUGUAGGCCUGUAUCCAGAUGAAGAAGCAAUCCAGACUCUCUCUGCUCAGCUUGACCUGCCCAAGUACACCAUUAUCAAGUUCUUUCAGAACCAGCGAUAUUAUCUCAAGCACCAUGGGAAGCUGAAGGACAAUUCUGGUUUGGAAGUGGAUGUUGCAGAAUACAAGGAAGAAGAGCUGCUCAAGGAUUUGGAAGACAGCAUCCAAGACAAAAAUGCAAACACGCUUUUUUCAGUUAAACUAGAAGAAGAGUUAUCAGUAGAAGGGAACACAGAGAUUAAUGCUGAAUUGAAAGACUGAUUUAAAAGUAUUAUUUUCUUUCAACAGUGCCGCUGGUAUUUACUAAUGAAAUGAAAAUUCCAUCUUGCAUUGUGUCAAAAACCCUUAUUAUUCAUUGUUUGGCCAAUGAAUCUUCCAAAACUUGCACAAAAGUUGAAAAAAAGGAUAAUGCAGACUGCACUAGAUGUUUUACUCUAUUUUACAAACUGCUUCGCAGCAACAGAUGAAGCGUUGAGGAUUGUUUGAUAUUAAUUUGUGUUCACUGGAUACACUGUGAGUGUACCCAAUAAGCAUGAUACCAGUGAUUUUGAUUCUGGAGCCUUCAGACAAGCAUUACAACUUUUGUGAUUUACUGUUUUUUCGUUUCUGUUUUGUUCUUGUUUUUUAAUUAUUACUGUAGCACUCCACACUUGAUCUUUGAAAAAUCACAUUUAUUUAAAAAAAUAAAAUAAAAAGAGUUUGUUACUCUUGUUCUAUUGUAUGUUACAAAAGAACUAUAGACUGUGGAAUGCAGUUUAAAGAUAACAUAUGCCAACAAAUGCCUUGUAUUAUAUGGCACUGCCGUAAUUCAGAUUUGUUUUCUUUUGGAAAUAAAGGUCACUGUAUUUUUUUUUCCAUUCUCAUUGUUACAUGGUUUUAGAGAAAAUGAAAAAGAAAAUGUGAAACACGAUUUAGUCCUCAUUAUUUAUUUGUAGAUCCUGCAGCAUCAUGUUGUAAUUAAUUUUUUUGGAAGUUUCCGUUAAAUGUAAUAUUGCUUCUCUUGUUACCAUACUGAUUUUUUUUCUAUUUAUAAAUGUAUUUUGAUGGGCAGUAAAACAAAGUGUCUUAAAAGUUUUAAAUAGAGAAAAUGUGCUUUACACAGUUGCCUAUAAAAAGUGCUCUAUGUUAUCCAAGCAAUUCAUACUAUAAGCUUCACUCUUAUUGUUGUAUGCAAUUUUUACUAUCAUGCAAAUAAGCUUAGGUAAAUAAAACUAAUAGAUCACCUUAGAAACUUAUGCAAUUAAUGUGAAAAUAAUUGAUGUUUGCAAUGUGUCUUCCUUUGGUUUACAAUCAAUUUUAAAGCUACAGCUGUAUAAAUUUUCUGUAUAAAGGUGUAUUUCUUUUUUAUGAGUUUAUUGCUAUGAAAACACCAGUUAUUUUGUUACAGCUGGCUGUUUUUAUAAGUGUAUCACAAUUUUCUUUAUGCAGAAAUGUUCUGACUAGGAGUGGUUAUUGACUGUAACUACACAAUUAAAAUUGUUUGUAUGGUAUGA